AUGAGAGCUUCAAGCAAAUUAAUAUUUUCAGUCUUGAGUUAUUUAAUAUCAACUCGAAUAAUCACUUCUGCUCCGUUAAAAGAAAUUUCUAUAUCAGACAUUACUUUACAAAGAACUUCUAAUAUCAUUUCAAAUUCUUAUAUAAUAGAAUUUGAUAAUUUUCAAGAAAAAAACCAAGAUUUUGUUGUUUCAUUUGCAAGAUCAAUUCAAGAUGAAGGUAUAAAUCAUAAAAUCAGAGAAACUUUUAAUCCAAAAGUAUUUAAUGGAGCUUCCAUUAAACUUGAUAACGAGAAAGAUCUCAAUAAACUCAAAAAAUUAAAAGCUGUUAAACGUGUUUGGCCUGUGACAAUAAUUAAACGAGCCGAAUUCAAGGUUGUAGAAAAUAAAUCAAAUUCUUCAAUUUUACACAGUAAUAUUGGAGUCGUUGAAGCUCGCGAACAAUUUGGAAUUGAUGGAUCAGGAAUUAAAGUUGGCAUAAUAGAUACAGGUAUAGAUUAUAAACAUCCAGCUCUUGGAGGAUGUUUUAAAAAGAAAGAUUGUAAAGUACAAUUUGGUUUUGAUUUCGUUGGAGAUGAUUUUGAUGGAAAGAAUGAACCGAAACCCGACGAUGAUCCUUUAGAUGAAUGUGUUGGUCACGGUACACAUGCAGCUGGUAUUAUCGCCGGUGAAGAUUCGACCAAUAACGUAACUGGAAUUGCUCCCAAAGUUAUACUUGGAGCGUAUAGAAUUUUCGGAUGUAAUGGAGAAACCACAAGUGAACUUGUUAUUAAGGCGAUGGAAAAAGCUUUUGAAGAUGGAAUGGAUAUUAUUAAUCUUUCACUUGUAUCAGGCGAUAAUGCUUGGUUUGGAGGUCCUGAAAGUCUCGCUGCUGAAAAAUUGACAGAGAAUGGAUUGUUCGUUGUAGCAGCUGCUGGAAGUUCCGGUGAUAAAGGAAUAUUUAAAUCUUCAUCGCCAUCCACGGCCCCCGGUGUUAUUUCUGUUGCAUCCGUUGAUUCUGAACAAAUUGAUUCAUUUUUUAUAACUUGUUCUAAUUCUACACGUAAAAUUCAAUAUCUCACACAAGAUGGCAAUGUUCUUAAACUUGAAGAGGAUUCCUUUUCAAUUAUUUCAACCUCAAAUACUACAAACUCAAAAGAUGAUGCUUGUGAACCAAUUAAUGAAGACCUUACGGGAAAAGUCGCUUUAAUUCGUAAAGGAGGUUGUGAUGACAAAAAAAAAAUCGACGUGGCUCAAGCUGCUGGAGCUACAGCCGUUGUUCUUUAUAAUGACGUUGAUGGAACAACAAAACCCGAGUUUGAUGAAAAUGGAAUCAUAAUUCCAGUUGCAAUGAUUUCUUGUAAAGAUGGAGUAUUCUUAUUUGAUGAAAUUAAAAAAGACGAUAAUUUUACUGUAAAAUUUCCAAUCGAAAGCACCUUGUUCGAUAAUCCGACCACCUUAAAAAUUUCAACGUUUAGUUCUUAUGGACCUACAAAUGAAUUGGAUAUUAAACCUGAUAUUUCGGCACCCGGAAGUAAUGUUUUUAGUACAUUCCCAGUAUCUCUUGGAUCAUUUCAAACUUUAUCCGGAACAAGUGUUUCAACACCUUUUGUUACCGGUAUUUUAGCAUUGGUCAUACAAAAUAAAGGAAAAUCAAAUUCUAAACUUGCUCGUGAUAUCCUUCAAAAUAAUGCUAAACCGGUUUUUAUUAAAAAUUCUGAAACAGAAGUAGAAGAAAAUAAAACUUCCAUAGUUGCGACAACCAUACUUCAACAAGGUGCUGGAUUAAUUAAUUUAGUUGACGCUUUAACUUCAACGGUUAUAAUUUCUCCUGCUAAACUUGCACUUAAUGAUUCGGCUCAUUUUAAUGGAAAGAAAAGAUGUCUCACUUUAACAAAUGUUGGUCAAGAAACAACCAAGUUUACUUUUGAUCAUUUACCUGCUCAAUCAAUUACUGGUUUUGAUGGAGUGAACUUAGUACCAACAAAUACACCUCUUACAACAAAUUCAUUUGCUAAAGUUAACUUUUCAAAAUCGUCAAUUCGUUUACGUCCCGGUGAAUCUCAAAAUAUUACUUUAAAUUUUACUCCACCUAAAGAUUUAAGUGAUUUAGAUCAUCCCCUUUAUUCUGGUUAUAUUGUUGUUAAAGAUACUUUAACGAAAAAAGAAUUUUAUGUUUCUUACAUGGGUAUGAAAGGUUGUUUAGAUAAUUUACCAAUAGUGGAUGGUGCUCCUUUUAUUCAAUCUGGUAUAAAUGAUCAAAAGUUUUCUCUCCCUGAAGACGUUUUAACUGUAUCUAUGAAAGAUAAUGAUAUUGCACUUUUUGGAAUACGGAUUGCUCAAGGAACUAAGAUUCUUACAGUUGACGUAAUACCAGCUGAUUCUGAUGAUGAU